AGGGUAAGAUGUUGGCUCGUACUAUCCAAAGAUUCUCGGUUGUUGCCAAGCGCGGAUACGCCGCUGCCGCUCCAGCUGCCAACGCCAACCCAGAGGAGCUUCGUCUCACUUUCGCCUCCCCAGACACCGCUGUCUUCAGCAAUGCUGUCGUCAAGCAGGUUGAUGUGCCAACUUUGGCCGGUAUGGUUGGUGUUCUUGCCAAUCACGUCCCAACCAUUGGAGUUUUGAAACCAGGAGUUGUCUCUGUCACCACAAAUGAAGGAACAGUUCAACGCCUUUUCGUCUCUUCGGGAACCCUCUCCGUGAACAUCGAUGGAUCAUGCCAAGUUCUUGCUGAGGAGGUCCUGAAAGUUGAAGAAAUUGAUGAGUCUGCUGCCCGCGCCGAGCUUGAUGCUGCCCAAAGAGCCUCCGGAGAAGGAAGCGAGGUUGCUCGUGCUGAAGCUCAAAUUCGCGCUGAAGUUGCUGAAGCAUUGAUCAAGGCCGCCACGAACCAGCAAUAAGGAGUAUGUUGAGAGUAGACCCUUUAACUUUGGUAAAUUCCUUUUUAAUUUGAUCCUAGGCACAUCGUCAAUUUCUCUCGAUGCUGCUUAUAGGAUAUUAUGUACGGCCCUCCCUUUUUUUGUUUUCAUUGUUCCAUCGUUUCCAAUAAAUUUCGAGACUUUUAGUUUUUGACUUUUAUUUUUCCAAUUUUCUGAUUUAGUGAUAUUUAUAGUAGAAAUGAACAUUCGAUCCUUC